AGCACAUUUCUUUUUCCAAUAAUUAAUUUAAAAUGAAUAUUGAUAAUCAAGAUAAAUCAAGAGCUAUAAAAGCUGAAAAGCAGGUUGAAAGAUUAGAAAGAGAACUUGAGCUGCUAAAGUCACGGAUUAAAAAAACAGGUACAACAUCAUCUACUAAAGAAUUAGAUAAAAUAAACUUUCAACUUCAAGAACAAGUAAAAGAUUUAAAAUAUCAACUUAAAAAUCAACAAUCAGAAUACUCAAAGUUAAAAGAAACUUUAACAACAAAAACAACUGAAUAUGAAGAAAAGUUGAAACGAAUGAGAGAAAUAUUUGGACAAGCAUCAAAGAAUAUAGAUAAAUAUCGAGUUACCAUCGCUUCUAAAGAUGUAGAAAUUGAAAGACUUAAGACUGAAUUACAAGAAAGUCAAAUGAAAGAGCACACAUAUAAAGCGACUUCUGAAUCACAACAAUUAACGAUUGAAAAAGUAAAUGCAGAAAUUACUAAUGCCAAAACUUUUUAUGGAACAGAAAUUAAACAGAUGGAAGCAAAAAACAGACAACUAACAAUUCAAUUGGAACAAACUAAAAACGAUUAUGAACAAUAUAAAAAAAGGGCACGUACUUUGCUUGAAACAAGUAAAGAAGAAAAACUGAAUUUAGUAAGAAUUGAUGAAUUGGAAAAGCUUGUUCAACAACUUCAAGCCGAGAAAAUGUAACAAAAAUAAGCCAUGAAAUAUAAAAGAGAACAAACAGAGCAUCAAUCUUUAUUAGAAUAUGACCUUAGAAAAACACUGGAUCGUAUAUGUGAAUUAGAAACUAUCCAAAACAAGUUGAUAAAAGAAAACAAUGUAAAAGAAGGAAUAAUAAAUGAAUUAAAAGCGUCUUUUAAACAAGAAAAAGAAAACCUUGAAGCAG